CGGGUAAAGAUAUCCACGAAGAGAGAGAGGCAGAGCCCCCCAAAAACAGAAUAGGAGAGCUUUUUAACUGCACAGUCCAUUAUCAUUGUAUGGUCUGAAACAUAUGGCUGCGAGUGCGAAGAUAGGAAUCGGAAUCGGGAGCGUUCCGACUCACCGACUCCCCAUGACUUCUCUUCCUAACGCUCUUCCUCCUCCUGGCAGUCUCAUCUUCCUCAGACGCUUCUCAGCUCCCCGACGAGCUUUCCAUCUCCACCACUCAUUUGGAGCUCGCUCUUCCACUCUUCGUCUCAGAGCUUCCUCCGAGGCACCUCCUUCCUCCUCAGGUUACUCACGCACACCAAAUGGGGUCGAGAAUUUGGUAAUUAUUGGCUCAGGUCCUGCUGGAUACACAGCAGCUAUAUAUGCAGCUCGAGCUAAUUUGAAACCUGUAGUAUUUGAGGGUUAUCAAGUAGGUGGUGUUCCUGGAGGACAAUUGAUGACUACAAAUGAAGUGGAGAACUUCCCAGGAUUUCCUGACGGAGUAACUGGUCCAGAUUUAAUGGACAGGAUGCGACGGCAAGCUGAGCGCUGGGGAGCAGAAUUGUUCCAAGAAGAUGUUGAAUUUAUUGAUGUGAAAAAUGAUCCUUUUACAGUGCAAAGUAGUGAACGUAAGGUUAAGUGCCACAGUCUGAUUUUCGCUACUGGAGCUACAGCAAAAAGGCUCAGGUUACCUCGUGAAGAUGAAUUUUGGAGUAGGGGAAUCAGUGCUUGUGCAAUUUGUGAUGGUGCAUCACCAUUGUUCAAGGGACAAGUUCUUGCUGUGGUUGGAGGGGGUGAUACUGCCACAGAGGAAGCCUUGUACCUAACUAAAUAUGCUCGUCAUGUUCAUUUACUUGUACGCAGGGAUCAGCUUAGGGCUUCCAAAGCAAUGCAAGAUAGAGUGGUCAACAAUCCGAAUAUCACGGUGCACUUCAAUACAGAGACUGUGGAUGUUGUAAGCAAUACGAAGGGUCAGAUGUCUGGCAUUUUAGUUCGAAAAGUGGAUACUGGAGAGGAAUCUGUGCUCGAGGCAAAGGGUUUAUUUUAUGGCAUAGGUCAUUCACCAAAUAGCCAGUUGUUGGAAGGCCAAGUUCAGCUUGACAGUUCUGGUUAUGUCUUAGUGGAGGAGGGUAGUGCCAAGACUUCAGUUGAAGGUGUAUUUGCUGCUGGGGAUGUACAGGAUCAUGAAUGGAGGCAAGCUGUAACUGCUGCUGGAUCUGGAUGCAUUGCUGCUUUAUCAGUUGAGAGAUAUCUUGUGAGCGAAAAUCUCCUCAUUGAAUUUCACCAGCCCAAAACUGAGGAGGUUAAAAAGGAACUCACAGAGAGGGAUGUUCAGGAGGGUUUUGACAUUACUCUUACAAAACAUAAGGGGCAGUAUGCUCUGCGUAAGUUGUACCAUGAAAGUCCAAGGCUUAUAUGUGUACUAUAUACAGCUCCAACAUGUGGUCCAUGUAGGACUUUGAAGCCAAUUCUUAGUAAGGUGAUUGACGAGUUUGAUCAAAAUGUACAUUUUGUUGAAAUUGAUAUUGAGGAAGAUCCAGAAAUAGCAGAAGCAGCUGGUAUUAUGGGUACACCGUGUGUUCAAUUUUUCAAAAACAAGGAAAAUUUGAGGACUGUAUCGGGGGUCAAAAUGAAGAGGGAGUAUCGAGAAUUUAUUGAAGCACAUAAAUAAGAGUAUUUUAGGAUUCUUGUUUUCUUUGGCCUGAUUUUGUGAUUCAAUUUUGUUAAAUAAUGCCUUCAAUUUUUAGAAUGAACCAGUGACAUCUUGUAUUGAUAAACUACGCUGUAAAUUCCAAAUGCCGAGUCCCCAAUGCAUUAGUACGGAUUUGGAAUUUCAAAUCCUACCAUUCCUUUA